GCCUUGAGGGUUCAAACAGGGAAGAAAAGUGGUGCUGUUGUUUGGUGUUUGGUUUUUGAUAGUGGUGGGGAUGAAUCCACAGUGAUUUGUGAUUGAAAAGGCCAAAAAAAAGAACAUGAGAAAGCAGAACUCACUCUGGUUUAUAUUCUUGUUUUCCUCUUUCCUGUGGCUCAUUUAGUAAACUUCAGAGUGAAGGAUUGGUUUGGUUGCUUCAUUUUUAGGUGCAUUUGGUGUCUCUUUCUUUUGAGUUAUGGCCGGUGGACAGAGACUCCAGAAGCUCAACAAGUCAUGCAUUCUCCUCAUAGCCAUUGCAGGUAUAGAGAGGUUUGCAUUUAAGGGGGUAGCAUCCAAUUUGGUAACUUACUUAACUGAUGUUGUGAACUUAAGCAAUUCAUCUGCAGCAAAGAUGGUUAACAGUUGGGUUGGAUUCACCUCCAUAAUGCCAUUGCUGGUGGCACCUAUUGCUGAUGCUUAUUGGCACAAAUAUUCCACCAUCAUGGUGACAUCUUUCCUCUAUGUUAUGGGACUAGCAGCAUUGACAACAACAGCACUGGCAAGGUCAUGGCAUCACAGAAACAGAACAAUGUCUUCUUCAUUUCUCUCUUUGUCUCUCUAUUUAAUUUCAUUAGGCCAAGGUGGAUAUAACCCAUCUCUGCAAGCCUUUGGAGCAGAUCAACUUGUUGAUGAGGAAGAAUUGCCUUGUAGCAAAGAUGAAAAAAGUUCCAACAAAAAAACUAUAUUCUUCCAGUGGUGGUAUUUUGGCAUUUGUAGUGGAAGUCUAUUGGGUGUUACAGUCAUGUCCUACAUCCAAGAUACCUUUGGUUGGGUGUUAGGUUUUGCAAUCCCAGCAAUUUCAAUGGCUCUAUCUAUUUCAAUUUUCUCUUGUGGAAGCCCUAUAUAUUUAUACAAACAUCAUGAUGACUGUCAAGAUAAGAAGCCCUUCAUGGACAUAUUUCAAUCUAUAAAAGCAUCUGCAUUGAAAUGCUUCCAUUGUAGUAUUACCCUACCAAAUGUCAAGUCUGAAGUUGUGGAGAUGGAGCUUCAAGAGAGACCCCUUUGUCCUGAAAACUUGGAAAGCCUUAAGGAUUUGGAUAAGAAUCCUAAAAGUAGCAUGUAUCUGCUUGCAACAAAUGCCAAGGUUGUGAUGCGGCUCUUUCCCAUAUGGACAAUGCUUCUCAUGUUUGCAGUGAUUUUUCAGCAGCCUGCAACUUUUUUCACAAAACAAGGCAUGACAAUGAAGAGGAACAUUGGAGAAAAUUUCAAGAUCCCACCAGCCACACUCCAAAGUGCUAUAACAUUGUCCAUAAUACUAUUGAUGCCAUUAUAUGACAAAAUUUUUAUACCAAUUACUAAGGUGAUUACACGUCAGGACAAAGGUAUAAAUGUAAUGCAAAGGAUGGGAAUUGGAAUGGUUCUCUCAAUCAUAGCAAUGGUUAUUGCAGCUCUAGUUGAAAUGAGAAGGCUUGAGAUUGGUAGGCAAAUGAGAACUUCAGGAUCACAGUCAGAAACAGUGCCUCUAAGCAUUUUCUGGUUGCUACCACAGUACAUUCUUCUUGGCAUUUCAGACAUUUUCACAGUUGUUGGUAUGCAAGAGUUCUUCUAUGGUGAAGUUCCCACAAAAAUGAGAACAAUGGGAAUUGCCUUGUAUACAAGUGUUUUUGGGGUUGGAAGUUUUUUGAGUGCACUUUUGAUUACACUAGUUGAAGUGUACACAAAUUCAAAAGGAAUACCAAGUUGGUUCUCUGAUGAUAUGGCUGAAGCACACUUGGACCAUUACUAUUGGCUUCUAGCCUGGUUAAGUGUAGUGUGCUUGAUAUUGUAUGCACUUUUAUGUAAAUAUUAUCACUGUAGCAGUGAUUCAGAUAGUGAAAAAUGAGCUUUUUGUUUUUUUUUUUUACCUUCACUUUCCUCUCUGUUAUUUUGUCUUGACUUCUGCCUUUCCUUUAGGCUGAAGAUUGUUGAACUACU